GCCCCCCCUUUCUCCUCCCUCCUUCCUUCCCUCCCUUCCUCCCUCUCUCCCUCCCUCCCAGCUCCUGCACCAGGAAACGGCCUGGAUCCCGGCAGCGGCCUGACCCGGCUCCACGCUGGCCAGGAGGAUGAAAGGCCCCAGCUGGGGGCUCCUUGCCACCAGCGCUGGGUCCUAAGAGCUGCCAUCCAGGCUGGCCGCCCGGAUGGCGACCCCAGCCUCAGCCCCAGACACACGGGCUCUAGUGGCAGACUUUGUAGGCUAUAAGCUGAGGCAGAAGGGUUAUGUUUGUGGAGCUGGCCCCGGGGAGGGCCCAGCCGCUGACCCACUGCACCAAGCCAUGCGGGCAGCUGGAGAUGAGUUUGAGACCCGCUUCCGGCGCACCUUCUCUGAUCUGGCGGCUCAGCUGCAUGUGACCCCGGGCUCAGCCCAGCAACGCUUCACCCAGGUCUCUGACGAACUCUUCCAAGGGGGCCCCAACUGGGGCCGCCUUGUGGCCUUCUUUGUCUUUGGAGCCGCGCUGUGUGCUGAGAGUGUCAACAAGGAGAUGGAGCCACUUGUGGGACAAGUGCAGGAGUGGAUGGUGGCCUACCUGGAGACUCGGCUGGCCGACUGGAUCCACAGCAGUGGAGGCUGGGCGGAGUUCACAGCUCUAUACGGGGACGGGGCCCUGGAGGAGGCGCGGCGUCUGCGGGAGGGGAACUGGGCCUCAGUGAGGACAGUGCUGACAGGGGCCGUGGCAUUGGGGGCCCUGGAGCUGGAAGCGAUCAAAGCUCGAGUCAGGGAGAUGGAGGAAGAGGCUGAGAAGCUAAAAGAGCUACAGAACGAGGUUGAGAAGCAGAUGAAUAUGAGUCCACCUCCAGGCAAUGCUGGCCCAGUGAUCAUGUCCAUUGAGGAGAAGAUGGAGGCUGAUGCUCGUUCCAUCUAUGUUGGCAAUGUGGACUAUGGUGCGACAGCAGAAGAGCUGGAAGCACACUUUCAUGGCUGUGGUUCAGUCAACCGUGUUACCAUACUCUGUGACAAAUUUAGUGGCCAUCCCAAAGGGUUUGCAUAUAUAGAGUUCUCAGACAAAGAAUCAGUGAGGACUUCCCUGGCCUUAGAUGAGUCCCUAUUUAGAGGAAGGCAAAUCAAGGUGAUCCCUAAACGAACCAACAGACCAGGCAUCAGCACAACAGACCGGGGUUUCCCACGAGCCCGAUACCGUGCCCGGACCACUAACUACAACAGUUCCCGCUCUCGAUUCUACAGUGGUUUUAACAGCAGGCCCCGGGGUCGCGUCUACAGGGGCCGGGCUAGAGCGACAUCAUGGUAUUCCCCUUACUAAAAAAAGUGUGUAUUAGGAGGAGAGAGAGGAAAAAAAGAGGAAAGAAG